UUCUUUCUCCCGAGGGACCCCUGCCCUCUUUCUUGGGGACUGUGAGCUUUGGGGGAAAUGCUCGAUUUCUUCUUAUGCCUUCUGUAGGUGGGGAUUCCUGGGACCACGUUCAAGCAUGGACUCCUGGGACUCGCUUGGCUUUUUAAUCCUCGUCCUCAGCUAUAAUGUGACAAUUAUAGGGAAGAUCUGGUUAACCGUAACAAUCCUGCUGAGGAUACUGGUGAUCUUCUUCGCAGCCUACCCUCUUUACCAAGACGAGCAGCAGCACUUCGUCUGCAACACCAUGCAACCGGGAUGCACAAAUGAGUGCUAUGACUCGUUUGCGCCCGUAUCCCACUUCCGGUUCUGGCUCGUCCAGACGGCCUCUGUCCUGCUCCCGUAUACCUUGUUCUGCGUCUACGUCUUCCACAAUGUGGCCAGGCGGCUUGUGAAGGCUCACUCCCUGCCUUAUCGUCGAUAUAAAGAGAUCAAAGCCACGUUGGGCCUCAAAAUGUCCAAGAAGCCUUCCAAAGGGGCAGCGGGGGGGAGUCGUCUCCCCGGUGAGGCAAACAAAAUGGACAUUCCUGAUUUUUCGAAAGCAUACGUGGUCCAGCUUCUUCUGAGGGCGCUGGUCGAAGCCUGUUUCGGGGCAGGCCAUUAUUACCUUUUUGGUUUCUUUGUUCCCGGACGUUUCAAAUGUAACGGGAGAGUUUGCCCUCACAAUGUUGACUGUUUUGUUUCCAGACCCACUGAAAAAACUGUCCUGAUGUUCUUCAUCUGGGGGCUCAGCGGCUUUUCCUUCCUGCUCAGCCUCAUCGACCUGACCUUUGCCUUCCGAAGCAGCGUUGUCAGAAAUCACCGGAAUAAGCUAUUGCUGGAAGGGCCUGGGGUUGAAGAGAGGUACGCCCCCAGCCAGCACCAAGAUGAAAAGUUAGCUUGGGGAGAGGAGGCGAAGGCAAUCUAACCAUCAGAGACUACUGUGAUGAAGUUAAUUCCUCUUUCCUUGGCUAUGAAGUUCAGGAAUAAUCUUUUUUUUUCCCCCAACCUGUGUUGAUUUCCCAGCAAGUUAUCAGCUUCCGCCUUACUAGCCAUAAGCCAUAAGCUUCCAAUAAUCAAAACAGCUAUAGAGGGCCCUUUCAAGGACGCAAACAGGUUUCACAAGAGCAAUCAAGAUGCGGUCAUCUGCUGUAUUCCCCACAAAGGAAAUUUAGCCUCCAGCUCAGGAUGGGUACCCUUGUGGAAUUAACCCAUUUGCACGUUUCAGCAAGCCCUU